CAGGGAGAAGGAAGGGGCGAGCAGGGGAGAAGUAAAUGGGCCGAGCAGAGGCAGCAGUGUGUUCCAGGCUGUGCGAGCUGACGGAGCGGCGGAAUGUGUCGAGAGCUGCGUGACUCCUGAAAACAAGACCCGACAGGACAGAAGUGGAGAGAGAAGAGGGAGACAGAAGGGGGAGCCGGCAGGGGGGGGCGGCGGCGGCGGCGGAGGAGGAGGAGGAGGAGACUUGGAGGAGUUUGGGAUCUUCUGGGAUCUACUAUCUGUGAAGGAUCUAGUCGAAGUGUUGAGCUGGGGCUGAGCUUUUAGCCCUGGCCUGGAGAUCCCACUGCAGCGGGGACAGAAUGAACUAUCUGAACAUGCUGGCCAAGGCGUUGUACGACAACGUGGCCGAGUCUCCGGACGAGCUGUCCUUCCGCAAGGGCGACAUCAUGACGGUGCUGGAGCGGGACACUCAGGGCCUGGACGGCUGGUGGCUCUGCUCCCUCCACGGCCGCCAGGGCAUCGUGCCCGGGAACCGCCUCAAGGUCCUGGUCGGCAUGUAUGACGGCAAGCAGCAGCAGCAGGCCGCAAACCCCGCCGCCGACUCGGGGGUUUCCUGUCCCGCCUCCCAGAUGCAGCGUUCCCUCCCCCCUCAGAGCGCCUACGCCAAACCGAUGCUGGCCCCCACGUCCGCCGCCAUCACUACUUCCUCCUCCGGCUUCGCCGGCAAGCCCCUCCCCUCGGCCCAGUACACGUCCAUGCACCCGGCCUACUCCGCCCCCGGCCCCGCGCAGCCCGGCGCCGACUCCGUCUACAUGAUGCCCCCCUCCCACGGACCCAAAGCGACCCCUCAGAGUCUGUACCAGAUUCCGUCUGGUCCAGGUGGCGUGCAGACACAGACCCCCGGCAUGGCGCCGGCGCUGAGCCAGAGACAGUACCAGCUACCCGCGCAGGAUAUUUAUCAGGUGCCCCCCUCGGUGGGCCCGGGGCCGCUGCAGGGGGCCGCUCCGCCCGGGGGCUCGGGAGUUAACCAGGACGUGUAUCAGGUGCCCCCCUCCCUGGAUAAGAGGAACUGGGAAAGCAGCAACAUCCCGCUCGGCAAGGUGGUGGUUCCCACGCGGGUGGGACAGGUGUACGUGUACGACACGGUGAAAACGCAUCAGGACGAGUACGACGUCCCGCCCAGACACCAGCCCACGGCGCAGCAGGACAUCUACGACGUCCCGCCCACCCGCCAGCAGUACAGCACACAGGUCUACGACACUCCUCCCAUGGUGGUGAAGGGGCCCUCUAGUGGUCAGGACAUUUACGACACCCCAGCAAGCACAGAGAAGAGCGCCCAGCAGACGGUGUAUGACUUCCCCCCCUCCGUCAGCAAAGACGUCCCCGACGGCCAGCCGGUCCGGGAGGAGACCUACGACGUCCCGCCCCACUUUGCCAAGCUGAAGCCGGCGGCGCCCGGCGCCCCCGGUCAGUACCUGCACCACAACCUCAACAACGACGAGGACGACGAGCCGCCCAUUCCGGAGGACGUGUAUGACGUCCCCCCCCCCAUCCUGACCGACAAGCGCUACCGCAGGGACAGGGGGGGCGGGGUCACACAGGCGGCCCAGGAGAUCUACGACAUCCCGGCCAUCCUGCGCACCGGAGCCCACGCCACGCAGGACGUGUACGACUUCCCCCGCGAGCGAGACGAGGGCGGCGGGGGGAGGGGGGACCAGUACGUCUACGACGUCCCUCCACAGGUGGUCCGUGACGCCCAGUCGGCCAGCGAGGAGCUGACCGUGUCCUUCAAGCGUCUGUCGGCGUCCAGCACGGGCAGCACGCGCAGCAACCACUCCGCCUCCUCGCUGGACAUGGUCCCCGUCCGGGACACGUCCUCCGUGGCGGCGCCCGGGAAGCCCCUCAUCCUGGACCUGGACCAGGCCAUGGAGCGCCUGUCCCGCCUGCAGCAGGCGGUGGAGUCCAGCGUCUCCCUCAUGAUGUCCUUCAUCACGGGCAGCUGGAGGAGCCCCGCCCACCUGGAGGGGAACCUGUCGGCCAUCCAUCAGGCCGCCGACCGCGUGCGCGCCGCCGUCAGAGAUUUCCUGGAGUUUGCCCGGGGCGCCGUGGCCAACGCCGGCCAGGCCACAGACCGCUCCCUACAGACCAAACUGGGCCGUCAGGUGGGGAAGAUGGAGGAGGUGUUCCAGAGUUUGAUUCAGCACAGUCAGAGUCUGGACGCCGUCUCCUGGUCGCACACGGCGCUCAUGACUCCCCCGCCAGGAGGCGACGACCUGGACCGGCUCAUCAUGACGGCGCGGGGCAUCCCGGACGACACCAAGCAGCUGGCCUCGUUUCUCCACGGGAACGCCUCGCUGCUUUUCAAACGGACCGGCCGGCAGCAGCAGCAGCAGCUGCCCCUCCCCCCCAUCCCCGGGGAGAUGGGCGGGAACAUGACGGGCUCGGGCAGCGGCAGCUAUCAGGGCGGCGAGAAGGUGCACAUCCAGUCCCGGCCCCUGCCCUCCCCACCAAAGUUCACCGCCGCAGACGAGGAGGAAGGCGUGGACCGACCGUACGAGACCACGGAGGAGGGCUGGAUGGAGGACUACGACUACGUACACUUACAGGGAAAGGAAGAGUUUGAGAAGAACCAAAGACAGCUGCUGGAGAAAGGCAACAUCAUCCGACACAACAAGACACAGCUGGAACAGCAACAGAUUAAACAGUUUGAGCGUCUUGAGCAGGAAGUCAGUCGGCCAAUCAACAACGACAUGACGGGCUGGGUCCCCUCCCCGCACCACCCGCUGGCCAAUCAGCUGGCCCAGAACGGCUCGGGAGGCCCCGCCCCCUCCAAGCUCUGCCACGGCGACCGGCAGCUGCUCCUCUUCUACCAGGAGCAGUGUGAGCAGAACGUCACCACGGUGACCAACGCCAUCGACGCCUUCUUCACGGCCGUCAACUCCAACCAGCCGCCCAAGAUCUUCGUGGCGCACAGCAAGUUCGUCAUCCUGAGCGCGCACAAGCUGGUGUUCAUCGGCGACACGCUGUCCCGCCAGGCCAAGUCCCCGGAGGUGAGGGCCCGGGUGGCCCAGACCAGCAACACGCUGUGCGAAAAGCUCAAAGACAUCGUGAUCAGCACAAAGACGGCGGCGCUGCAGUACCCGUCUCCCGGCGCCGCCCGGGACAUGACGGAGCGGGUGAGGGAGCUGGCGGGCUGCACGCAGCAGUUCAGGAUGGUCCUGGGACAGCUGCUGCUCAUGUAGGAGCACCAAAAACUCCCAGGAGGCGGCGCGUUCUCCCAGGGACGGAGGUCAGGCCAGCCCUCGUGCCCCUGCAGAGCUGGCUGGGAGAACCCGGAGCGAUGCAGGAAACCCUGGGCUGGAGAUCCCGCCUGCCUCAACAGGGUGAGGCUCCCCUCGCUUCCUGCGGGGUCUGGGACCCCCAUGUGGGACUGGGGACUCACGUCUGGCUCUGACCCGGCUCAGCGGGAUCGCUCCUGUCUCCUCCCUCUGAGCGCUUUUUACUCCAGACAGACUCCAGUGAGCGUUUCCUCUCCAGUGGGCUGGGCCAAAGGCUGUAAAGUAAUCUCUGUACAUAUUUAAGUUCCCUAUUUAGUCAGAAAAGCAGAAAGAAAAAAGGCUUCUAGUAUAUAACUAUGAAUAAAUGGUUCUUUUCUGUUUCGAAAAAAGGAAAGUAAAGAACAAAGUGUAGUUUUUAGACGGUAUCUAUAAUUGUUAUUAAUAUUGCUAUACUACAUAAUUAUGAUUCUCGAUCCUUGUAUCAAUAUUGUUAUGGAUGUGUAAAUUCCAGAUGUUACGUCUGAUUAUGCCUGAGCGCUUUCCCAUUCCUGACAGUGUCACUCUUACAAAAACACACACACACACACACACACACACACACACACACACACACACACACACACACACACACACACACACACAGACACACACACACAUCGGGAUGAUCUGAUGUUGCCGAGCUGCUCGGUCAGUUGUCCACAAUGAAUUCAGGACACUGUGCUGCCAAAUGAUAACCACAGUUUAGGAUGAUCUGUGCCAUAUCAGAGGCGUUUUUUUGGUAAAACUGUAUGUAUAUUGUUUUGUAAGAGGCAUGUCUUAGAGAGGAGGAUGUGUAAAAGGUUCAGCAAAAUGCAAUUAAACCUGCAUUUCUCUUUUCUCUGA